UGCAUUCUGGGAAACCUAGUCUAUCAUCGUUUAGGAAAAAUGGCUAGUGUUCGGCCGCCACCCCUCCGGGAUACGGAUGAUUUUCUCCUGUGCUCGGCUAGGUUCGCCGUGCCUGAUGUUCGAGACUUGGACCGUUGGAACAACCGCAUCAUUAACAACCUACUAUACUAUCAGAGCAAUUAUUUCUUGUCCGUGCUGUGCUUCCUGCUCAUAGUGGGGUACUUCCAGCCCUUCCAGUUGUUUGUUGGGGCAGUGGUGGUCACCUUAUUAUUCCUUGGCUUUGUCUGGGCUGCUGAGAACCAAGCUCCCAUUCGCCGUUUCCGUAGAAACCACCCAUCAAUCUGUGUGUUGGCCAUUCUUUUGGCCAGUUACCUUUUCAUAACGGUGCUGGGAGGCGUUGCUGUGUUCCUGUUUGGGAUAGCCUUUCCCAUACUGAUGGUUCUGGUCCAUGCAUCGGUGCGACUGCGUAGCCUGAAGAAUAAGCUGGAGAAUAAACUGGAAAGCAUUGGUUUGAAGAGGACACCCAUGGGACUGCUGUUAGAGGCCCUGGGACAGGAACAAGAAGCUGGAUCCUAGUGAGGAAGAGGAGGAUCAGAAGGUGUGUAGGGGUGGAGGAUAGGUUGGGUCCAAUCACAGAUGAAGAAGUGGGUGAGAAAUAAGAAGAUGGGAGGAAAAACCUAGGAGAAGGAAUUACUGUCGGUGAGAAGAAGAAUAAACAGAAAAAAAAAAAAAAAUAUAAAACAGUCAUGAAACUAAAAGCAGUGAAGGAUGUGACCUGCUCUGUGGUCCAAUAGGAAAAGGACAGAAAACAUCAUAAAAAUGUUUAAAUCAUCCCUGGUUGUUUCUUGCCAAACCGUGCACUUUAAGUAUACAUUGUUUUAUUGCCUUUAUUUUGACAUGAUACCUUUUGUUUUUGCACUACAUUUGUGUGCAGUAUUAUAGACAUAGUGAUAGCUAAUAUAAAGUUCUGCACCCUGGAUUUAUAAGGUGAGGAAAAAAUGCAACAUUAAAAAAUAGUCAUAAUGUUGUGUAAAAAUUGACUAUUUUGAGAAUAAAGUUAUUUUACAAGAAAAAGACAUAAUGUUACAAGAAUAAAGCCAUACACUUGGUCAGUAACACACCAGCAGAGCACUUGAAUAUGUUUUAUACCAUUGCCAUCUCUGGUUUUAUGGACUAUUCUAUUCAAGAUUAGUUUAAAUCAUUCAUAUCUCUCAAUUGACAGAUUGAAGCUCGCUGGAGGAUUCAAAUGUUAUUUUACCAUUACAACUUAAUUUUCCUAAUCUGACAUUUCAUAUGAAAGUACAACUUUAUUUUUAAAAUCUUCCAAAAUUACAACUUUGUCUUUGCUUUAAAUAUUGAGUAAUAGGUUUUUUCUUCAAGAAUUAUGUUUUAAGUAUAAAUACAACUGUUUUCUUUUUCUUGUUGAUACCUUACCUGCACUUAAAAGUACAACUUAAUUCCACAUUUUUUCUCAGUACACACUUCAUAUGUGGAACAGUGGGAAACCAAAGUACUGUAAGGCUAAUAGACUUUUUCAUUCUUUCAUUCUAACAUUAUCUUAUUAUAGCCUCUGUCAAGAGAAACAAAAUACUAUUCAUGAACAACAGAGCGACAUGCAAGUUAACGUGUCUGUUCAGGAAGUGCAGAACAAUACAAGACAACAGGCACAAAAAAAGUACUUCUCAAAGUGUCCAGCAGGUAUUAUCUUUUCAUUAAAAAACUUCAUCCCUUCUCUAUAAUUGUCUGUCCUGUUGGUGCAGCAGUCUUGAUUUCAGCAUUUUGUCUAUAAAACCAAGAAGCAUUAGAAAUAAGUGAAAUAAUCUCAUCCUGCUUGAAGACUUUGUUUGAUUUGACCAAAUAUCUGGCUGUAAAGAUGACUGUAAAGUUGUAAAGCCAGUGACUUUAUAAGAAGGACAUUUUAGUGGAACAGAUGAUGGUGAUACACUAUCAGUAAAACUGGGCUCAUGAUGCCCCUGUGACAGACUUUGAAAGAAUUCCUCUUUCAUUUAGUGUUUUUAUUGGUUUGUGUUUAAAUGAGCUUAAGUUCAAGGAAAUCAGAUGUUUUAUAUGAAGAACAUUGAAGAAGUUUAGAACAAAUUUCAUCAGCUCCCUCAGUCUUAGACUCUUUGUUGAGCAUUAAAGAUAUGGGAUCAAUGGGAGAGGAAGGAAAAUAUGAAGGCAUAAUCAGACAUAAUCUGGUGCAGAUCUCCUGUUUUAAAAGUAAUCCUUUUACCCGCCACAUUUGUAAGUUAUUUGUUUAUCCAGGAGAAUUGUCCGUUACAGUCCUUCACUGCUGGUCAGUGGGUUUUGCCUCUAGUGAAGCAAAUGAAUCACUUUGAAUUUACCCUCAAUUCCUUUAUAACUUAAAUCCUUGCUACCACAAAUUGGUCACACUACAAUCAAUUCAAUCAAUUAUUCAGUGAAAUAUCUCCACAUCUACUCAGUGUACAAUGACCAAAUAGAGCCAAAGUCAUGGCUCACCUGUGUGUUCCACCAGGUUCUGUAACUAAAUGCAAGUCUCCAGUUGAGGGAUUCUUGAAUUUAAAAAAAUGAAACCUAUUCUGGGGGUUCUUGGGGGACCAUAUUCCAAGAAUUUUUUUAUUUCAAGAUAAUUUAAUUAUGUGUCUAGACAACUUGACUCACUAUGGGUAGUGUUUUGUCAAGCUGGUGAUGUUAAACCUGUAAACCUUUUUUUAAUUUUCACCCUUACCUAGACAUAUGAUCUGAACCACAUGACAUACGGUUGUUCCUGCUGUUAUGUGUGGAGUUGCAAUUUAGUCAUUUGGAUUCUUACAAAUGUCAGUAUGUUGUAGUUUUCUCACAUCUAGUACACAACCCAGAAACCCCAGUUUCAAAACUGUGUCUGUUUAUUAAAAUGCAAAGAAGUGUGGAAUUGCAAAUUAGCUAAUACAAUCUGCAACCCAAAAUUACUGUCAUUCAAAGACAUGACAUGGAGCUACACUGUGAAAUGCAAUGACUGUCACAGCGUGUGCUUUAGACAGUGUUGUCCAGCAUGGCAAUAAACAUUACAUGGUUGGUUUUUUGUUGUUCUGUUUAGAAGGAUAAAUGAAAGGCACUCCUGUGUUGUUCCAAUGAACUAAGAAGUAUUUUUGAAGUGUCUGCAGUGUUAAAGCAAAUAAUUUUAUACUAUAGACUAUUCUCCUCACAGUGAAUGUAUUUGACACAUUGAGAGCUAUUUUGUCAAAUAUUAGCUGUCUGUUGUGGGUUUGUGUGUUCUAACCAUCUGUAGAUGGUAACUGGUGAAAUCUACAGCUUGCCCAUCUUGUAUUUAACAAACUGGGUUUCCUUUUGUAUUAUUCCCUCUGACAAUUGUUAUUUCAAGUUUGCUGUAGUUAAAAAUACUGACAAGCUUUUGUUUCUAUGUGUGCAUUUUUGAUAAUCAAUUAAUCAUGUUGUUUACUAUGAAAGAGUAUUCAGCAUCAGUGCCCCGAAGAAAUAAAUGAUCCUCUUGAGUAGCUGUUUUAUUGUGUAUGUGCCAUUGCAGUUUUGAUAUUUGCCUUGUAUAAUUCUGUUCUAGACAUUUAGUUGAUAUUCUUAUUUGUAUUUAAUGCUCUGGAGGCAGGGACAUGGGUGUUAUGGAUCCUAAACAUGUGACCCCUCUGCUACAUGUCUCUAUUACUGCUAGAGCAGCCUGCCCUGUUAGUUGUUUGUCAUGUAUUGCAACCUACAAGCAGUGGGUUGGAAACCUGCUGAGCAGAAAGAAAUGUCUGUAGUAUAAUCAUAGGCAUUUGCUGAAAUACUAGAAUGUAAACUGAAAGGAAACAUUUCUGCAUAACUGUCCACAUUUAAACUCAUUUUACAGUUCAAGAAUAUUAAUAUUGAGUGUUUCCCUCCAUCUAGCAAAAUGUUUGAAUUUUGAUUCACCAACACUGUGUCUUUGACCAUUUGCCAAAAACUGCCAAAAGCCAUCUUUUCUAAAUAAAGAGGAUUGCUGUA